UCUCCUCCUCCCGGUGGCUCAGUCAGUCAGUAGUAGUGAGGUCUGCUCAGAUUUACAGUGAAGAACCACGUAGGUGGACAGUUGGGACAUCAUGGGCAUCAAAUUCCUUGAAGUGAUAAAGCCAUUCUGUGCAGUGCUGCCAGAGAUCCAAAAACCUGAAAGAAAGAUCCAGUUCAGAGAGAAAGUAUUAUGGACUGCCAUCACACUCUUCAUCUUUCUGGUUUGUUGCCAGAUCCCGCUUUUUGGCAUCAUGUCCUCAGACUCUGCAGAUCCAUUCUACUGGAUGAGAGUGAUUCUGGCCUCUAACAGAGGUACCCUGAUGGAGCUGGGUAUCUCGCCUAUCGUCACCUCAGGCCUGAUCAUGCAGCUGCUUGCUGGAGCUAAGAUCAUUGAGGUUGGAGACACACCAAAGGACAGAGCCCUCUUCAAUGGAGCUCAGAAAUUGUUUGGAAUGAUCAUCACCAUCGGUCAGGCCAUCGUGUACGUGAUGACCGGCAUGUAUGGAGAUCCCUCUGAGAUGGGUGCAGGAAUCUGUCUGCUCAUCAUCAUUCAGCUGUUUGUGGCCGGGCUGAUUGUGCUGCUGCUGGAUGAGUUGCUCCAAAAGGGCUAUGGUCUCGGUUCAGGCAUCUCGCUCUUCAUCGCCACCAACAUCUGCGAGACGAUUGUCUGGAAGGCCUUCAGCCCCACGACUGUGAACACUGGAAGAGGUACAGAGUUUGAGGGAGCAAUCAUUGCACUUUUCCAUCUGCUGGCCACUCGUACAGACAAAGUGCGUGCUCUGAGGGAGGCUUUCUACAGACAGAACCUGCCCAACCUCAUGAACCUCAUCGCCACAGUUUUCGUCUUUGCUGUAGUGAUAUACUUCCAGGGAUUCAGGGUUGAUCUGCCCAUCAAAUCAGCUCGCUACCGCGGCCAAUACAACACCUACCCCAUCAAGCUCUUCUACACCUCCAACAUCCCCAUUAUCCUGCAGUCUGCCUUGGUCUCCAACUUGUACGUUAUCUCCCAGAUGCUCUCCACACGCUUCAGCGGCAACUUCCUGGUUAAUUUGCUCGGUACUUGGUCUGACGUAACGUCAGGUGGUCCAGCCCGCGCCUACCCUGUAGGUGGACUCUGUUACUACCUGUCUCCCCCUGAGUCGUUUGGUUCUGUUCUUGACGACCCAGUCCACGCAGUCAUCUACAUUGUCUUCAUGCUCGGAUCUUGUGCCUUUUUCUCCAAGACCUGGAUUGAAGUGUCAGGUUCCUCUGCGAAAGAUGUGGCGAAACAGCUGAAGGAGCAGCAGAUGGUGAUGAGGGGACACAGAGAAACCUCGAUGGUCCAUGAACUGAACAGGUACAUUCCUACUGCAGCUGCCUUCGGUGGACUGUGUAUCGGUGGUUUAUCAGUAAUGGCGGACUUUCUGGGAGCCAUUGGCUCAGGCACCGGUAUCCUGCUGGCCGUCACCAUUAUUUAUCAGUACUUUGAGAUCUUUGUAAAAGAACAAAGCGAAGUCGGCAGCAUGGGGGCCCUGCUCUUCUAAAAAAAAUCCAAUGUCCUCUCACCUUCUACCAACUUUUAUUAGGAUCACCAACUUUGCAUUUAUUUUACAUCUGCCUGAAGCUCCUGCGUCGUCAGCUCUCCACUUUCAGGAUGUUUGAGGAAUUUUCAGGAAUCUCAGCCAAAAUGGGACUCUGCGAGGUGGUGGGGCUGCACAGCUUGUUGCUCUCUCCUUGAAUCUUCCAAAGUAAUACAAAGACCAACACUUCAGUUGUACUUCAUCAGAUUUUCUAACUGACUCAAGAUCGUUGCUCCCAGAGAUUCAUUUAAAGGCUUCAUUUGUGUGUGAGAAGAAUCCUGCGGGAGUUGGGUCCUUUUUUCCAGACUGACAAAAGAGCGCUUCAGUAUGCAGGCAUACUCGACACGGAUGAUGGAGGUCACCUGCCUGCUGUGUGCAUAAAGGCACACAAUGCUCUGCUUGGUGUUAUCUUAGUUUAUACUUUUACUUUCAGCUUUAUUUUAUUUUUUCAGCCUGCCAAUCACAUGAAGGUGUGGAACAGACGCUGAACUGUCAAACGUCAAAGUCAAGUACUGUCACUUUCCUGAUCUGUGACCCUGUUAGAGCUGUUUGAGCAGGGUUUGUAAGAAGAGGAUGUGGAGCUCACAUUGGGGUCCACCUGUCGAAAGAAUUUUUUCCACUUUGUCCUUGCUGUUUUAAUGUAGGGCAUUCCCAGGGAGCUGCAGUAUUAACUCACAUGUCACAUUCAUUCUUGUGUCCCACCUCCUAAGAUUUGGUUUUGUUUUUUUUAAUUAAGCAUACAUGCAUUAUUGCUUUUUCCACACCUGAAAAAAAUAUGAUUUAUUGUACAUAGGCCAUGCAUUGAAUAACUGAAUUUGUCUUACAUGUAAGAUAUCUUUUGAAUAUGUAAAAAAAAAAAUGCAUUUCAGAACAAACUUAUAGAAAAACCUUCUCAAUAAAACCUUUUUUGUGGAAAAAGGCUUAA